AUGGUGGAACAGGAUACUAACAAUCAUCUGGUAAGCAUGCCAACUUUAGAGGAGGUGAAGAAGGCUGUAUUUGAAUUAUCUGCCGAUAGUGCUGGUGGUCCAGAUGGUAUGAUUGGAAUAUUUUAUCAGGUGUGUUGGGACAUUGUGGGUGCUGAUGUAUACAAUCUUGUGAAAGCCUUUUUUGAUGGCCAAACUCUUCCAAAGUCAUUCACACAUACCAACUUGGUACUAUUACCAAAGAAGAACAACAUUGAGACCUUUGCUGAUAUGAGACCAAUCAGUCUCAGAAAUUUCAUCAACAAGGUUAUUUCUAGAGUAGUUCAGGAUAAACUGGAAGGCAUUCUACCUUCUUUGAUAUCUCCCAACCAGUCUGGAUUUGUUAAGGGCAGAUGUAUCAUUGAAAAUGUCCUUCUAACUCAGGAAGUUGUGACUGACAUUAGACUAAGAGGAAAACCAGCUAAUGUUGUACUUAAUCUUGACAUGGCUAAAGCAUAUGAUAGAGUAUCAUGGAAUAACACAAUAACUUUUUCAUCUGCUGAUGCUAGAUCUUUGGAGCUAAUUAUGGAGGUGGAGAAUAUUACUGGUUUAAAAAGAGGCACUUUUCCUUUUACAUAUUUGGGUUGUCCUGUCACACAUUCAAGGAAGAGGAAGGUUGAUUACGAUGAUCUAAUCAAGAAAGUCCAGAAUAGGCUGCAGACUUGGAAAGGAAGAUUGCUAUCCUUUGGAGGAAAAGCUGUUCUAAUCAAUAAUGUACUAAUGAGUAUGCCAAUACAUUUGUUGUCAGCCAUCAAACCUCCAAAAUGUGUUAUCAAUGAUAUGCACAAAAGCUUCUCAAGUUUCUUCUGGAAUAAUAGUGAGGAAGGCAGAAAAAGACACUGGUCACCAUGGCUAAACUUGUGUAAGCCAAAAGAGGAAGGAGGAGUAGGCUUUAGAUCUUUGUUUGAUGUAUCUAAAGCCUUAUGUGCAAAAAUUUGGUGGAAAUUCAGGACAACAAAUACUCAAUGGGCAAAUUACAUGUGGAUCAAAUAUUGCAAAAGGCACAGUCCUCAGACUGUGCAGUGGAAGGGAGGUUCUCAAGUAUGGAAGGCUAUAAUAGAGACUACAGAUAAUAUAGAGCAAGAAAUAUGGUGGGGACCAACGAGUGGAACAGCAAAUGUAUGGUUUGACAACUGGACAAAGCUAGGUGCUCUAUAUCACAUCAUUCCAGAUGAUUUUGUCAUAGAUGAGGGUGUUCAAGAUGUAAAAGAACUUAUGUUGCAGAAUGGUUGGAAUAUAGGAAGAUUGCAGCAGUUAUUCCCUAUGGAUAUUGUGGAUCAUAUAUUAGAAGAAUUGCACUUUCAUGAACCAAAAGAAGAGUGGGAUAGGCCAAGAUAG